AUGAAGGCGUUCAAGCUUCUGCUCUUCAUAUUUCUGUCAUUUUUCAACCAUGGACAAGCAUCCAUGCUUGCUGCCCCCAGCGAGAUGCUCGCCAUGUACAACGCAUAUGUUUUGGACUUUCUCAAGAACGGAGCAACACGUACUCUGGCACCAGGCCUUCCCAGUACGGCCUUGGAAGACUUUGGGACCUUUGUGUCGAACGUUUAUAUCAAUCAAAAAUUUCCUCGAAAUGGCGUUUUCUUGAGCCAAACCCCAGAGUGCAGCAAAGAUACCUUGGGCAAAAUCAAUGAAUAUCUGGUUACAGAUAAAUACGACAUAGCACGUCUGCUAAGAAACGGGGACACUUUGCCGAAGGGGCAUGAGGUCAUGCUCCAGCAGCUCAGUGAUAUCGUUAAAUCGACUCGAGGCAGCACCGCGUCGGGCUUCUCAGACGCAUGGAAAAUUCGUCUCCCCGAAUUCAAGCGUGCUUUAGCAGGUACCCAAGGAGCGCGGCUAAACGUUGUAUACUAUCGCGAGAAUUGGGGUCUGACAGUGACGGCCAAUGGUGAUCCAGCAAGUACAAUUAACGAGUACAAAACCUGGUAUGUUGGUCUUCGGAACAGCAACGUGCGCGGUGCGAAGUCUUACAUAAGCCACCAAAAGAUUACCUCCACAAUUACUCUUAACUUGAGUGAGUUGGACAGCUUGGACAGCUGUGAUUAG